CCCAUGACAGGCACAACACGUGUUGUGAGUGUCUAUUAAGAAUUUAAGAUGGAGUUCACCAUGUUUGAUCGGAUUGGAGUUAACCAUGUUUUAUAAGCUCGUACACAAGCAUUCUUUGAAGUCCAAGCUUGCUCAGUGAGCCAGCAACUCAAAGUCACAACUACUCCAACAACAGCGACGACAUACACUAACAUUUAUUUCGUAACAAAACGUUCAAUCCCAAUGCUAUCUAUUGAAACAUCUAAAGGCUUUUGAGGUUAAAAGCAGAUAAUGUUGAGAAAGUCUGGAUCUAGAAUAGAGGGAUUUUCUCUCAGAUCUUUGUCUCCUUAGAAAGCCCACGAGAAAAGAUAGAAGAGAGUGCUGUCAACUUGCCUCGACAAAGGUGAAGAUUAGAAGGGCAGAGAGACAUUUCUAGGAAUGAGUCAUUCCCAAACGGUUUCUGCUGGAGAAGAUAUGGUUAUGGAACGAAAAGGAUCCCCCAAUGAGCCAGGUGAAGUAGAGGAGACAGAUGAAGUAGAAGAGACAAAUAGGCAUUGUGCAAGUGAAACUCAAAAUCAACGUCAGACUAAGAGGCAAAAACGAUUUCAAUACCUUAACUCGUGUGUCCUCCUAUAUCAAGCUUCUUUUAAAGGUAAUUGGCAAGCGGCUAAGGAUCUACUUCGUCUAUAUCCUGGUAUGGUUCGAGAUCCCAUAACAGAAGGGGGAGACACAGCUCUUCACAUUGCAGCUGCUGCGAAUCACCCCAAUUUCGUAAAAGAACUGCUGAAAUUGAUGAAAAAGGAAGAAUUAGAAAUUACAAACAAAUAUGGACAAACAGCGCUUUACUUUGCUGCGGCAUCAGGAAAUGUGAUAAUUGCAGAGGAGAUGGUGGAAAAGAAUGAUAAACUAACUUUGAUCCGCAUAAAAUCAAGAGAAAAAAAAUUUACACCACUUUACGUGGCAGCUUUGCUGGGACGUAGAGAAAUGGUGUCGUUUCUAUUCGAUAAGACUCCUUUUAAAGAUUUGUCUUGUGGCCGUCGUGGCGAACGCUUUGAUCUCCUUGUUGCUACUAUUUCCAAUGAUUGGUAUGAUAUAGCAUUGAGAAUUAUGCAAAAGGAUAAACGAUUAGCAACCGCCAAGCAUAUAAAUGGAAAGACUGCAUUGUAUGAAUUGGCCAGGAAAUCAUUUGCAAUUGGCAGCAAAAGUCAGCUAUCGCUUCCAAAACGAUGCUUAGACUCCUGGUUCAAAGGGAUUUAUAAAAAAGAUCUGAUGAAGACGUUAGCUCGUCAAUUAGUUGAAGACCUUUGGAGAGAGGUUCGACUAUUGCAUGGAAAACAAUUUUCAGAUCAUGUUAAGACUUUUCUUUUUGAAGCUGCCAAAAUGGGGAAUGCUGAACUUUUAAUUAUUGCUAUUCGCUCUUAUCCUGAUCUCAUAUGGAGAAAAGACGCAGAAGGCCGAAGUAUAUUUCAUAUUGCUGUUUUGUAUCGGCAAGAGACUGUAUUUAAUCUAAUUUAUGAGAUAGGCGUUAUCAAGGAUAUGAUUUUAACCUACAUUGAUGGCGAAAACCAGAACAUCCUGCACUUAGCUGGAAAAUUGGCUCCUCCAAGUCGACUAAAUAUGGUAUCAGGAGCAGCCCUUCAAAUGCAACGAGAGUUGUUGUGGUUUGAGGAGGUAGAAAAGAUUGUGCUACCUUCAACUGUGGAGAUGAAAGACGAAGAAGGCAAAAUGCCUUGGGAUUUAUUUACAGAAACACAUAAUGAUUUGAAGACACGUGGUGAAAGGUGGAUGAAGGACACAGCAAACUAUUGCAUGGUUGUGGCAACACUGAUUGCCACUGUAGUUUUCGCUGCUGCCUUCACUGUACCAGGUGGUAACAAGGGGGACACUGGAAUUCCUGUUUUCUCGAAAAGUAAAUGGUUUGUGGUAUUUUUCAUAUCAGAUGCAGUAGCACUGUUAUGCUCUUCGACUUCCAUAUUAAUGUUCUUGUCGAUUCUCACGUCCCGUUUUGCCGAAAAAGAUUUCCUCUAUGCACCUGGAAAGUUGGUGUUUGGACUUACAGCACUCUUCAUGUCUAUAGGAGGCAUGGUGGCAGCCUUCAGUGCAACCUGCAUUCUGGUCUAUGAACGCGAAAUUUCAUGGCUUCCUCUUGUUAUAAUAGCUUCGGCUGGUUUCCCUGUUGCUUUGUUUAUUUUGCUACAUCGUCAACUUGUGGUUGAUGCAAUCUACUCAUGCUGGUCUGGGUUACUUCUUGGACCAAGUAAAAGUAAAUUCUUUUUUUUCGGAAGAAAACGUAGGCUCUUUUAGUUGAUGAUGCUAACUGGUCAAUUGUUUGUGGUUGUGAAAGACUCAAAAUAACUCUGACGCCGAGUUUCGGCUUUGAUGUUUCUAGUUUUUAUUUUUAUUUUUUUUAAUUUGCUU